UCUCUUUUUCACACACAACAGAGCAAGAAACACGCCAACAAAGUGCGUCUGUUCUACAUGCUCCACCCAGAAGAUGGAGGUCCACCAUCCAAAAGACUGAGACCAGACAAUCCGGACAGUGCAGAGACUGAGGUUGACAGAAACAAAUGCUGUACGCUCUGCAACAUGUUCUUCACUUCUGCCAUCGUGGCUCAGUCGCAUUACCAGGGCAAAACGCACGCUAAGAGAGUUCGCUUGGUGCUUGGGGAGACGCCAAGUCUGCCAGCUUCCACAGAGUCAGCCCCACCCACCCUUCAGACCACAGACCCGCCCCCUCCCUCGUGGCAGCCGCUAGCCAAUCAUGGUGAGGCAGGCAAGUACUGCUGCUUGUGUGGCGCCUGGUUCAACAACCCACUGAUGGCACAGCAACACUACGAAGGCAAGAAGCAUAAGAGAAAUGCGGCACGGACAACUUCUGGAGCAGCUGGCUGGCAGUCUGGAUGUGAAUGAAAGCACAGGCCUGCCCGGAGUUACUCGUGCAGCGUUUGCAACGUGGUGCUGAAUUCCAUCGAACAGUAUCACGCACAUCUCCAGGG